CCUCUCUUCUCCGGCGAGUGACUGAGCUCCGGCGAUAUCGCAGCAGGCUUAGGCCAAGACAGCGGAGGAGAGCGAGAUGGUGGAGAUGUCCAGCGAAGGAGACCAGAACCUUGAAGAGAACAACGCACUCGCGCUGGGUAGGCCAAAGCGAAAUCGAAAACCCGUCCAUUUCUACGGACCGGCGGAGUUACAAAAGAAGAGGUCUUUGCGCAUCCCGGAGGGCAACGGAAUUAAGCUGCGGGAUAUCAAGAAUGUGUCUUCAAAUUUGAGAAAGAGAGACAUUGAUGCUGAUCUUCAAUAUUUUCAUGUUAUUCUUUAUGGGGUAAAGGUGAAGAACAAAGAUCUGAAGAGAAAUAUACUGCGAUUCCCUGGAUUUUUAUGGGGUCCUCAGGAGGAGGAAAGAAAGGAGAAGAAGUUGCAGAGACAAGUUGCUAAAUAUAAAAAAUAUCAGUUGUUGGAUAUUUGUAACUUGCUUGGUAUAAGAAAUGUGACAGCUGAAAACACUAAGAAAGAAAUAUCACAAGAGUUGAUUACAUUUUUAAAAAGUCCCCAUGAUUUUAGGAACGCUCAACUUGAUGAAGAAGAGGAAGUAACAAAUCCCAAGAGAACAGAAGCCAUUGGUCAGUCAUCAUCUGGUGAAACAUGUUCAAAAGGCGAUGAGGUUGGUGAUAAUGAUGAUGAUGAGGUGGAGGAGGAAUAUGAUGAGGAGGAAGAGGAUGGGGACGAAAAGGAUGAUGAUGACGAUGAUGAUGAGUGGGAAGAGAAUGAGGAGGAAAAUGCUGAUGAUCAUGAUGGUGGGGAGGAGGAGGAAAAGGAUGAUGAGGAGAAGAGUAAGUCACCGGAGUCAAAAAGUUCAUCUGAUGAUGAUUAUGAUAGUGAUGACGACAAUGAUGAGAGCGUGCCAACUGGGAUAAAAGAUGCAUAUGAUGGUGAUGAUGGUGAUGGUGAUGAGAGAGUGUCAUCUGAAACAAAAGAUUUAGGUGAAGGUGAUGAUGCUGCCGACAGUAAUGAGAGUGUACCUGCUGAACCAAAUGGUUCAUCAAAUGGUUCUAAUGCCGAUGAUAGUGGUGGCGAUGAAGUGCCUGCUGAGACAACAGAUGAUUCUGAUCAGGGGAGUGUUACUGAGAUGGUUGAUUUACCUGCUGGCAGUGGCAUGAAUGAGAAUGCAAUUCUAGAGAUGGAAGAUGAACUUGGUGGCAGUGUGUUACCUGCUGUGAAUGAUAUGGAUGAGAAUCCAAUUCUGCAGAUGAUAGAAGAAAUUGGUGGCAAUGAGUUCCCUGCUGUCAAUGGCAUGGAUGAGAAUGCAGUUCUUCAGAUGAUACAUAAACCUGGUGGCAAUGAGCCUGCUGCGAUAAAUAAUGCAGUUGAUGAUGACAAUAAUAAUGAAAAUAUGAUCAGUAUGUGGCUGUUGAGGCAAAUGAUGCAUCUGAUGACAAUGAUAGUGACAGUGAUAACGAUAGUGAUAGUGAUAGUGAUAGUGAUAGUGAUAGUGAUAGUGAUAGUGAUAGUGAUGGUGAUGGCGAUGGCAAUGGUGAUGAUAAUCCUUCUUAUAUCCAAUGUAGAUGAGGAAGAUGAUGGUUGAGAAGAAUUCAGACUGAGAAAAAGGAGCUAGCUCCAAAUCUAAGGUUUUUGCAAAGAAAAAGGUAAAUAGUUUCUUGUUUGUAGAUCAGAAUAUGGUAGAAGAAUUUCUCUUGUGACUUUCAUUUUGGGAAAAGUGCUUCUAAUCAAGGUUUGCUAAAGUUUAAUUUUGGUUCAUGGUUGACCCAUUCUUAUGAAAUUCUAUAUUCAUGGUUGUAAUAGCAUCUCAAUUUGAAGUAUAAUUUCCCUUCAAUUGUUUAGAAUGAAACAAUCAUUAUAUUAAUAUCUUGU